AUGGAUAACGAAUUGCUGGAAGCAAUACUACGUGCUGUACAGAAUGCACUUAUUUAUGGGUAUAGGAUCAGGUUUCUCCACUCAUUGGCAUACAACGUGGCGACCCUACCUCGUCCACAUGAGCUGUUGAAGGGAGUGUGGAAAUCGAUGCGGCUCGGGGUGGACCAUGGUAAGAUUCUAGCGGUCUUUGCAAUAGUGUUCAGGGUGGUGAAGACGGUUCUGAAGAGACGGGUCGACAAGCCCGUGGCGGAUUUCAUUGCAGGGUUUCUCGGAGGGUGUCUUGUGUAUGGGGGACUCGUCAACAGGAGGAGACGGAUGUUGAACGAUGCCAUUUUGGAGCAAAUCACCAUGUACACGCUAUCCAGACUCGUGCUUGCCCUGGGGAGAGAUGUGGUCAAUGCUGCUGUUCCGGACCGCUACAGGAAGAAGGCCAGAGACAUGUCGUGGACCUUGGGGUGUGGUCUCGUGUGGGGGGGAAUCAUGCUCUAUUAUAGACGAGACGGCGGCAAGGACGAGUACCUACCGAGGGCAAUGCGGGUCUCUCUGGAUUUCAUAUAUGGAUCUGUGCCGCAUGCAUGGAGAGAGGCGUUUCAGUAUGGGAGAGAAGACAAGAAACGAACCAGUUGA